AUGAAGUUGGUCUUGGUUGUUGCUCUUGUCUUCUGUGUUCAGUAUGUAAGUCUAUAAGGCUAGGUUCUGGCUCAGGAAGUGAGGAAAUGUUUAGUUAGCAAAUUACUAGUACAACUGAUAAGAAUUGCUGUAGAUCAGUACUCUAGAAGCUAGGGUUAAGGAUAGAGCUGAAGCUAAUAUUAAUUUUUUAGGCUAGUGCAAGUGCGUCCGAUGAAAAAGUUCUUGAUAAGAUUUUCGAACUGUUGAAAGCUGACAACAUCAACAUUACAAAAUAUCUUACUCAUGGAUUUGUAUUGAACUACCGUCAAGCGGUGAGGAUUUAAAUGUAGUUGUUAAUCUACCAUUAAGAGCUAAAAAUUUUGGACAUAGCCAUGCUUUCUGGGCUAUACAGUUUAUAUAAUAUUGAAAAACAAAAGAAACAUUAGGUUGUUCAAACACUUCACAGUCUUCUUAACCUUAUAAUAUAACAUAUAAAACAAACUUUUUAGAUUGUUAACCUAUCAAGCGUCUACGACAACUACGAUGAAGUUAAUAAGAUGAUGGAAGAAGCUGAGGAUUUGCUUGUUAAAGUGCCAGCUCCUGGCAAAGGUAUGAACAUAGUUCCUCCAAUGCGUAAAGCCGCCGCCGCCUACCGUGCUAUUUCGGACUGUUUAAGUCUUAAAGUGCCGAAAAACGAUAUGAAUAUGCUGCAGAUCGACUUUUCUGUUGACACUAUUGGAGUCCUUUAUGUAAGUUUUUGGUUGUCGUACUCAGGGGUGGGCUAGCUAGGACUAUGAGCUAGAGCUUUGAGCUAAAGCACUAAGCUAGGACUCUGGGCUAAGGCUCUGAACUAACGCUUUGACCUAGGACUUUGGGCUAAGGUUCUAGCCUAAGGCUCUGGAUUAGGGCUCUAAACUAGGGCUAUGGGCUAGGGCUCUGAGCUAGAGCUCUAGGCUAGGACUUUGGAUUAUAACUCUACGCUAAGGCUCUAGACUAGGGAUAUGAGCUAAGUUUCUGUAGAGAUGGAAAACGGGCUGGGCCGUUUUUGACGUCAAUUUAUGUCAAGCCAAGCCUAAAAAUGUUUAGGGCUUUGAGCUAAGGCUUCUUUUCUAAACAAAAUUUUAGUCCGAGGAAACAUUCACCACUACGGACAAAGUGGCAGCUGUAUUCAAGGCCGCCGAAAUGAACAUUGAUAAAGAAGUAGUCCGCGACUACUUGAUCAACAUAGUUUUGGAAGCCUACCAAGAAAGCAUGGAAAACAGUAAAGUCAAUCCAAGUAGUUUGCUGCGAUCAGUUCAGAACUUGGGCACCCAAAUCGACUUGGCUCAUCCUCUCAGCACCCCUCUUCGUCGCUAUAGCGAUGAACUAAUCGAGUUGUUGGUGCACAUUUACCUCCCUUAUCUUCGAGGUGCUCAUUGGGGAAGAGAUGUUUUGGGAAAAUACCUUGUUCUUUUGAAUGACGCUAAAGAAGCUCAAACUAGACAUCUGUUGGAUGAUUUGAAUCCAAGAGCUUUGGAGAUCUACGAAAGUUUGGUUGAAAACCUGAAGGACUUGAAGCCUUUGUUGCGCAAAAAAUAA